AUGACUAUCUCUCAUUACGGAGUGUGGGCCUGCACCCCCACCAGCUACGAAGCUCAGACAUUGAAGCAAGACUCCAAGUCUCCCCACAUCUACCUCUAUUUCACCGACGACUCUUCCUCUUCCUCCUCCAACAAGAAGCUUGAGGCUGCAAUCAAUGCCAAGUCAACCGACAAGGACAGCCGUCUUGUCUUCUGGCUGAACCGCAACUUCACCCACCCCAUCACCGAACAACUCGAGAAGCUGGACCUCGGUUUCCACCUUGCUCAAUCACAGAGUUCAGGCUCAGGCUCAAGCUAUUCAGAGCGCGAUACCCACAACCAUGGUCACCAUAGCCACCACCACUCUAGCCGUCACGGUCAUGUCCGUCGUGAAGAGUCUACCCUCCAAGGAUUGGACUUCAUCCGGACCAAGGACCUUGUGGACAUUCAGUCUGGACAGGUUGUCCCUACUGAGCAGGAUAUCCUGGACGAUGUCGACCCCAUCCUGACCGAUGCCAUCAACCAGAAGGCUACCGCUUACAUCUGGGGAUCUUCCUAUGGAACUGGUAUCCAUGAUAUCCACAUGAACCAGGGUAGCGCGCCCAGCUACUCCAAUGGUAUCUACGAGGACGGUGCAAUGCUGUUCAAGUUUGAUGAUGGACACUGGGAGGCUGUUUUCUUGGCUUUUGCUUCGCAGAAGAUCCCUACCAAUGAUCAGGGAGAGUAUGAGUCCAACAGCCAGUCGCUUGCCUCUAUGUUGGGUGCUAGCGAGUAA